AUGGCAGAGACCAACUUCAAUUACUCCAAGCUGCUGCGGAACCUCGUUACAGAAGACAACGUGCUCAAUGAGGUCGUAGUAUCGUUCCUCUACCAGCUGUUUCCUCGCGAUCUCUUUGUCCGCGCAUUCUCACUGCUCGAAUCGGCGGACAUGUUUAUCUAUGUGUGGAUGCCCACACCCAAGGAGGCAGACGAGCUGCUCGAAAGCCUAUACAAUGGAACACCGCUGUACCGCCCCAUCGUGCGCCCGCGCGGCCCGGACGACCGCCCCGUCUGCGUGGACCUCGACCAUUGGUUUUGCUCCUGUACAGAAUUUGCCGCCACGUGCCGCCCCCAUCUGGUCGGGGAUACGCCCCUGUCGGACGCCCUGUUUCGUCCCACGGAAGCAGCGGACCCCGACGACUGCUUCGGCAUGCUAGCAGGUCUGCAGCAUCUGCGUGCAGAUCCCGAGAAGCUCAUGUGCGAGCAUCUUUUUGCCUUCGCCAUACUGCUGCAGACAGAUCUGCGCGUUCUGCGCCACUUUUCCACAGGUCCGGGCGCGCAGGUCUUCGUGCUAGGCAUCACAAGCAUUGACGAAUGGCUCAAGCUGCAUCUGAAUGUUGUUUGA